AUGGUUGUAGGCGCAUUUCCGAUUGCAAAGUUAGGGGCCUUGCUGAUAAAACAGAUAAGUAAACCCAUCGCAAAUGCUUGCAAAGAACGAGCUAAACAUAACCCGUUUUUUCGGACUUAUGUUUGUAUGCCUCCUGCCCAAUUCUAUAAUUGGUGUGAAGUUAAGGCUAAAAUGUGGAUUCUAAACUUGGGUAGGCCAGUUAAUAUACCAGUGCUUAGUCAAGAAAUGGCAAUAGAGCUAGGAGCUAAUCUACUUGGUGAAACUUUGAUUUUCACCAUAGGAGCAGCUAUUUUGUUACUCGAAUAUAACAGGCAAAGCAAUAAGGAAGCUGCAAAAGAAGCCAAGAAGGAGCAGGAAAUGAAACACAUUUCUGACACUAUCAUUGAUCUCUACUUCACUGUCCAGAGACAACAAACACAGCUUAGAGAAAUGGAGAGGAUUAUUUAUUCAAUAAGUGGACAGAAGCCAACAACUCCUCCUCCAGAAUUAAAGGGCCCUCCAUCUAUUGUACCUCCACCACCUACCUCAGAACCACCAAAUCCUACACCACCAAACCCUGCACCACCAAAGAAUGUCAAUAAUGAUCAGGAUUACAACAAACAAUCCAUUAUUACUGCUACUCCAUAUCCUAACAAGGGAUUGAUUCUACAAUCUCUAAACUAUAUCCAGAUGGAUGCCUUCAGUUCUCUAUUUCCCAAUAACAAUAAUAAAGUUGUAGUUGAGGAAGAACAAACAGCUAUUGAAGAAAAAGCAUUUAUCCCUAAGAGGGAACCUGCAAUACUUUCAUCAGCUUUAUAUAAUAUUGAAAAUAAUUUUAGAAGUUUGUUUUAA